AUGGCCAAGAGUAUACUCAAAGACAACACGUUACCACUACUGCAUAAUUCACGACGCGUGUCAUUCGCGCCGGAAGUCACCCUACAUACCUUCCCCGACCUUGAAGCAAACAUUAACCCGCACAAGAGGCGGAAAACCGAUGGUGGCGCUUCGUAUGGCGAUAUCCAGGUUGGCCAAGAAUACUAUUAUUCCGGGCCUCUGUCUUCGUCAUCGUCAUCUUCGGGGAGCCAGGUUGAUGAGGUUGAGUCUUCAGAGGGAGAAGCUGAGAUUGAUAAGCCAUUGAGUGAUAGUUCAGAUGAGCGUGAACGUGAGGAUGAAAGUGACCAGAGUGAUGAUAUUGAUACGGAUGACGAGGCUGUGAAGGAUGUGCGGCGCUCGAUUCAAGUGAUGGAAAAAGUUGAGAUUGUAGUCACAGGACGUCGACUCAGUGAGCAACAACAAGAAAAAGAGCAGGAGCAAGAGCAGGAGCAAGAGCAGGAGCAGGAGCAAGAGCAAGAGCAAGACAUGCAAAUUACUGAACCCUUGAAUGUUCUACCACAAUCGAAAAAGUUGGAAGAUGAAGUAACGAUGGAAAUUACUCAACCGCAGCCAUUGCCACGGGCACCACAGGCACCACAGGCACCACUAGCUAAGAAGGAAGGCGGGGAAGAGGUGACGAUGGAAUUGACCGGAUCUAUACCUGCCACUGUGCCCAACUUGAUCCCAAGACCCCAACUCGAAAACUUGCCAGAAGAGAAUCUGUGGUUUCAUGAGCUGGCUGUUGGCAAUGGCGACGAAGUUCAAGAUGAAGGACACGAUGGGGAGAUGCAAAUAAGUAUGGAAAUUACCGAAAGGGUUUCUCGCAAUAAUGUCACAGAUUCAGCAGUUGCUCCAACUGCGAACCUACGGACAUCAAUAACCGCGGGAACAGCCAAUGACCACGAUGUAGAUGUGGGCGUGGAUGUGGGUGAGCAAGAAAUGGAGCUUACAGAGCCGGUGAAAUCAACCAUUGUCAGUGGCAAAGAUGCCGAUGCUGGAGACAACGACGGAGCUGAGCCUAUGGGGAUUACAGAGCAGUUUAGGUUGUCUCCCAUUCAAAGACCAGCGUUGAUGGACAUCAAACCGACUUUUGAAAACUUGCCAUCUUCUUCGCCAAUGAAACUAUACGAGACGAAUGAAGGUAAAAUAAAGGAGAAGGAUCGCGAUGGUAAUUAUGAUGGCGAUAAAAAAUUGGAUGACUUCAAAGCACCUGACGGAGCACCUGGCGAAGCACCCGUGGAAUCAGUGACCUCCACUACUCUAUCUCGGGAGACUACUCCUUCAGGUGAGACCUCCGGGGAGCUAAACCCAAAACCAAAGCUAAACGAAGAAGUAUCUGCGACUGGAGUUGACCUGCUGAAGCAAACAACAUUGGCAAACGAGACAACCGCGAAGCAGCACCCGAGCUUGGCCAAGUUUCUCAAGGACAUUUCCGUCAACUUCUACAUUGAAAAAGUAAAUGACUCAUUUUCUCACAGUGCCAGUGAUACCUCAAUGCAAUAUGGCAACAACGAAAGUGAUCCAACAUUGGUUGACUAUAUCCUUGCUAAACCUUACUUGGAUCUCUAUGCCCAGUACCAGUUCUGUUGUCAUGAACUUUAUCGAAGGAUAAACAAUUGCGACAAGGCGUACGAAGAAUAUGUCGAUCUCGUCGAACUGGAUCCCGAGGCAGUCAAAAAUAUAACCGAAUAUUACAACCAAGAUCCGCAAGAACGGUCAGCCACGAGUCUUCAGUUGCAAAACGUGCGAGAUAUCGCCAUUUUGCAAAGCAAACAAAAUUGGCACAUCUGGAGCGCCGAACUAGCCACCACGAUAAUUGAUUCGUUGCGGGUGUCGAAGAACGAGCUUAUCAAGGAUCGAGAUUUGUUGAGGCAGGAUAAGGACAUGCUCCACAAAUUGAAUCAGGAUGCAGCUGGCUAUGUUGCAAAACUAAAGACGAGGGUCGCCAGUAUUGUUAAGGCCAAGAACGAAAUCGAGAAGUUGACUGACCCUGAAGACUUGAAACGGGUCAAGGAUGAUUUCAAUCGCAUGCGGUCGGAGAUGCGCAAUUUAAAGUUGGAACUACUGGAGAAACAAGCAAGGUUGAUGAUAUUGGAUGCCAGGAUCAAUGAAAUCAACAAGAGCAAAAGAAACCGUGAGCUGCAAAUUGCCGAUCUCGAAUUUGAACUGGACCUAGUGCGCGGCUUCACUGCUUCACAAGCUAAUGACAUUAAGCGACAGUUUCAGUCCGUUUCCAAACAGACUAGAUUACAGUAUUUGAAAACCACCCCCGAGAUGGCAUUGGUGUUUCUAUUUGAUCAAAGUCUUGAAAUGACCUUUGAUUUCAAACGCAAGAAACUUGAAGUUGUCGAAAGCAACACCAACAACUUGCAUUUCAAGCAAUUGCUAGAUUGUGCAUUCCAAUGGCCAACUUUGACGCUUGAUGAAAGGGGCAACAGUGUACCUGUUGCUGAACGGUUUGCAUAUUUCGUCAAGUUUUGGAACUGUUUGAGACAGUUGGAUGACAAGUUGUAUUUCAUAUCUUUCAAAUUCCCCGUGGUUGUCGAAGUCAGUGAUGCCGAUAGUGGCAACGUCAAUUUCACGAUUGACUAUUACAACUUCCAGCACCUGAUGAAAGUGCCCAUAUUUGGAUCGAUUGCUAUUCACGAUGAGUCCUUGCUUGAUUUGGAAACCAAGUUGCAAUUCGAGAUCAAGUCUUUGGUUGUUCCCGCCGAGACCCGGGCUGCAAUUGUUUCCGAUAUGGUCAAGUCGUUGCGGUAUGAUGCUAUUGCCAACGUUGCAUGGGUUAUUUAA